AUGAUUGACCAGUUUCUAAUUUUCAGACCAACGGGCCAAGUCGAGUUCAACUACCAGCCCGGGAAGAACCUCUCCAAUGUCGUGAACGCAUUUAUCGACGAUAUUCUCGUGUCAGAGCGCAACUUGAAGACUUUCCAGCAGGCAGAGAAGGACGACGCGCAGGAGGUCCAGGACGAGGAGGGAGUCACCGUGGGCAGUUAUCAUAUCGACAAGUACAGUGUUGAGUAUUUAUCUGUCAACCAACAACACACAAAGCUGGUUUUUGUGAUGAUCCAUGUUUCUGUGCUGACUCUCAAGUCACCGUUUGAAUUCCUUCGAAAAAUUAAAACGUUGUAUUUGAACUCCGACCAUGACAAAUUUGAGCAGUUUUUCAGGUUAACUCUUGAAACACUGGAGCAGAAGAAAGAAGAGAUCAAGGAUGCGCCACAGUCUGAGCUCAAGGAAGACAAGAAGAAAUUGAAGGGGACCAAAAAGUCAAGAAAAUGGAACCCUGACGGAACAUUCUACGAGGAAAACGACGAAACCUCGGAUCUAGACUUUUCUACAGACUCGUCAGUCCCAAAUAACGGAUCUGCGAAUCUCAAUCAGCUGGUCGGUGACAAAGCUCAUUUUGGAUCCAAAACCAAGACAGGCGAGUUCUUGGUGAGCGAUCUGUCGCAAGAAAUGGACAAGAUCUUGUCCAUCACACCAAAAGCAAAGACAACAGAUUCUACGUCCCAGCCGUUUGGUUUCCUUAGGAACAUCAUUGGAGGAAAAAAGAUUACGAAGGAGGAUAUCAAGAAGGUCAAAUCAGCAUUAUCCACUCAUCUAAUCAAGAAAAACGUGGCUCCAGACGUGGCCAACUCUCUCAUCUCGGAAAUCGAAAAAGAACUUGUUGGCUCCACUACAGCAAACUUCACCUCUGUGCAGGACACCGCCAAGAAGAGCCUGGAGAAGCAGCUGAUCAAGCUGCUCACACCGAAUAAUUCCAUAGACCUGCUGAAGGAAAUUCAGGCCAAGACCAGCAACAAUCUCCCCUACGUGAUUUCGGUGGUGGGAGUCAACGGUGUUGGAAAAUCCACCAAUCUGUCAAAACUUGCGUACUGGCUAUUGCAGAACAACUACCGUGUGCUAAUUACGGCGUGCGAUACCUUCAGAUCCGGUGCUGUGGAGCAACUGCGCACCCACGUCAAUAACUUGACGAAACUAUCUCCUGACCAGAAACAGAUCGAGCUGUUUGAGGGUGGAUACGGAGGAGCAGACCUGGUUGCCAAGAUCGCCACGGGAGCCAUCAAAUACGCCAAGCAGAACAACUUCGACAUCGUCUUGCUCGACACCGCCGGAAGAAGACACAACGACACACAGCUGAUGGCUCCGCUGGCGUCGUUUGCCAAGGCUGCAAACCCAGACAAAAUCAUCAUGGUCGGCGAGGCCCUUGUGGGUACUGACUCCGUUCUGCAGGCCCAGAAUUUCAACAAGGCCUUUGGGCCCAAUAGACACCUCGACUUCUUCAUUGUUUCCAAAUGUGACACUGUCGGCGACCUGAUUGGGUCCAUGGUCAACUUGGUCUAUGCGACGGGCAUUCCUAUUUUGUUUGUUGGAAAUGGCCAAACGUACACCGAUCUGCGCACCUUGAGCGUUGACUGGGCAGUCAGCAUGCUUAUGUCCUAAUCGAAUUCUCCCUCGCUGUCAGAUAUGUCGAAAUUGAGUUCUGCCUCCUCAGCCUGCUGGUGGACUUGUGUGAGCCCCGUCAGCUGCUCCAGAUACUUGGGAUUUUCCAGUGCCUGCUUCACAAACUCCCAGCCACGUGAUUUGAAUUCCUGCACCACGGAGACGGAGCAAGCAGAGCAGUAUCUGAAAUUCUUGGCGCUCAGCUUGAGCAUCUCGAAAUUAUGCAAGAAUCCGCGCAACUGGUGCGGCAGCGAUCCCAAAACGGUGCAUGAGUCCUGAGCUGAGUGGGGUGCAUACUGUCUGUCCGGAUGCUGCAAAACGGAAACCAUCAGCUCCACAGCCAAUGACGCUGCCAUCAGGGCGACUCCCGGCCGAGUCACCGUACACAUUUGAUCCAGUGUUCUGUCUGUGGUAGAGUCAGACGGAGCAUACACGUCGUUGCAGAAAUAACAGCCCAGUCGCGACUCCUGUUGCUCCUCUGGAAGUUUUUCAGGAUUGAUACACCCGUGUCGCAUCACUAAAUAGCUCUCGAAUCCCAAAGCUGCGUUAAUCACUAGCUUGUUGUUGACGUUUCCCAUGACUGUCGGCAGCCAUCUGGUUUCGCGCGAGUCCAUCAAGAGGAAUAUCACGUCGUGAUUUUGCACAAGCUCCCCCAACCUGUCGAAAUCCAGUUUUUGUUUUGUCUCGUCAGUAAUAGGAUGUCCUGCCAUAGGCACCUCCAAUGUGAAACCCUGGGCAUCUACUAAGGGAAAGAUGCGCUUCAUGUUUUCUGCCGCGGUUUCGGCCUUGGGACUGCCUCCGUCUAAGCAGUCAAUAAAAUUGAACAGCGGCUGUCGAACAGGAUUGCUGAAAGACACCUUCCCGUUAUCAACAAACGUAAUCUUGCGUACUCCCCAUGCCAACAGCGCGCGGCCGACGUAUGACCCCAGAGUCCCCGAUCCAAGUAGCAGACACUUGGUGGCCUUGAUUCGGUCCAGAUCGAGCGUAGGGACGAUACGCCAUUUCAUGAGUUUGAGAUUGAGGUCAAUAGCUUGGUCUGCCAGCUGCGAAGGAUCGAUCAAGGCACCCAGAUCGGCCAGUUUCGGGCCCAGUUUCCCCUGUGACGUGCGCUCCCAGCCUGAUAUCUUCGGACUGUCGACCGCAGAUUGCAGUUUCAGAGCUAUUUGGCGCGAAGAAGACUGGUUGUCGCGAUGCACGUCCACCACCACGUCGCGGUAGCCAUAUAUGGCAAGCAUGGUCAGAAAAUUGCGCAACACAUAAGAAUAAGCGUCUGGCACAGCAGAGGUGUCGACAAAUGCAACAUGCAAGGGCGAGUGUGUGGGAACGGCGUUCAAUUGGGCGAGGGGAACAGGUUUGCCGUCUCUGAUGAGCGAAAAUUGCGAGUCUGGCGCAUCUCCACCAAGGGGACCCUCAGACGUGAUGUGCCAUUCGGAGUGCAGGGUGGGGAAGGCGAACCAGUAGUAAAAUUUGUACUUCUUGAGGUCUGCAAACGAGAAGACGGCAAAGUGGGCUAACAAGCUCGGAUCCUGUAGCGCGGCUUUAUUUUUGAUAGAGUCGAUUAUCUUGCCCCCAGCCCGUGUGAGAAACUCCAGCUUGCUCUGCGAUUUGAACUCCUCUAGCGUGUUGACGUUGGUGAUUUCCCCGCUGACAAUAAAUGCAGAGCGCGCCGGCAGUUGGGACUCGAGUUCCUGGCCAGAGGCAAAACUGAUAUCGUUUAGAUUAAUCGCUGGAGCCUGUCCGGGGGCUAGCCGUUUGUAGUUGUAGUAUCCGUGUAUUGGGCGGGAGGAUUGGUCCAGUUUCAAGACAUCGAGCUUCAAUUGCGAGAGUUUGACGAAAAAGGACGAGUCGACAAAUGAUUGGGUAUUUAUAUAUUUGGGUUCCAU